AUGACCUCAGAGUGUUUGUGGAGGGCCAAGACGAGAUUAGGAAGGAGGAGACGAGGAAGGAAGGAGGAGACGAGGAAAGGAAGGAGACGAGAAAGGAAGGAGGAGACGAGAAAGGAAGGAGGAGACGAGGAAAGGAAGGAGGAGACGAGAAAGGAAGGAGGAGAUGAGAAAGGAAGGAGGAGACGAGGAAAAGAAGGAGGAGGAGACGAGGAAAUGAAGAAGGAGGAGACGAGAAAGAAAGAAGGAGACGAGAAAGGAAGGAGGAGAUACUGUUGUUUGGAGGUGUCUGUCUUGGUCAUGAAUAUGGAUGAAGCUCGUAAAACCAGCAGCACCGGGCGGUCGUCUCAAACUCCAAAUAACCUCAUGUUGUGUGUUCUCCUCUUUCACACAUCCCACAGCUACACUCUGUUUGCCUCUGAUCCUGGUGCGAUCUCACUGGGAUCUGCUCUUCACGAUGGCUGCACAUCUGGAUCAGAACCUGUCCGGAUCAGAACCUGGAGCCAGGAUUAA